CAGGAGGGACAGAGAGAAAGAAGAAGUUAUUCAACCAGUCAUCCUCGUUGGACCCAGAGGCCGCCAUGUUUUCCCUGUCGGAGCUGGCGCCUCUGAACCAGCACCAGAGUAGGUCCAAACUGUUGAAGCCCUGGUGGGAGGUCUUCAUGGACUACCUGGUGGUCCUGAUGUUGAUGGCAUCUGUCCUGGCCUGUACUGACCAGCUGUCCAGGGACCGAGUGGUGUGCAUUCCCUGGGAUCCACUUGCCACUGCAAAUACCAGUAAUCCUUCACCUAGCGGGAAUGCACUGUCUCCAUCUUUAAAGCCCCCAACCCAUGUUCCACACAUCAGCCCUAAUCUUCACUCUACAGCCCGGGGUCGACGCACACAUCUGGUCUACCAGCAGUAUGUUUACAUUAACCAGGUGUGUUACCAUGAGGCUUUGCCUUUGUGCUCCCGCUUCUUCCCCUACAUGGCCCUGCUGCAGUCUCUAGUGCUGGUGGCUAGUGGCUCCUUCUGGCUCCACUUCCCCCACAGCUCCUCCCGCAUAGAGCACUUCCUGGCCAUCUUGGCAAAGUGCUGUGAGUCACCGUGGACAUCUCAGGCCCUGUCUCAUGCUGCCCGGCAGGAGAGCAUCCAAGAGAUGGAGGUGCUAGAGGAGAGACGACCACCCCAGCCUCCUCUUUCAACUUCACCUUCACUGCCAGUAACCCACACAAGACGGACAAGUGUAGACUCUGGCACAGACAGCCCACUUCUGAAGUGGUCAGAUAGUGCAUCAUUCGCCGCACCUCCCUCCCCGUGUCCUUCCACACUCUCCUGUGACUCCACCAUGACGUCUACAUCCAUCAGCUCCCAGGCACACUUUCCAUCUUCGAAGCCCCCUGUCAUGGUUGACAGUCCCAGGCAGGUGAUCAGUCUGGAUAAAAGUGAUGGGGAACAGGCCAGGGCACUGUUCGAAAAGGUCAGGAAAUUUCGGUCCCACUGUGAAAGCUCAGAUGUCAUCUAUAAGGUCUACCUGGCUCAGACGAUAUUCAAAUUGCUGAUGGUGACGCUGAUCUUGAGUUACACCAUCCCUCUCCUCAGUUCCCUCUCCUUCAACCACACCUGUCACCCUGAGGAGCAGGCCUUGGUGGGCUACACCACCUUUGAGUGCAUCCAUGUGCUCUCUUCCCUUCUACGCAAACUUAUGGUGGCUUACCUGACCCUGCUGGGGCUGUACGGCCUGCUGAACUUUUACACCCUCGGCUGGAUUUUACACAGCUCUCUGCGGCAGUACUCCUUCCACUCACUAAAAGAGCUGUGCUCCCUGAGAGAUGUCCCUGACCUGAGAAAUGACCUGGCUUUCCUUUUACACAUGUUAGACCAGUACGACCCUCUGCUGGCCCAGCGUCUGUCCGUUUUCUUGUCGCCCGUCAGUGAGAGCAGGCUGCUGGAGGAAAGCUUGGAGAGGCGCUGGGGGGAGGAGAAGCUGCAUGCCAUGACUAGCGUGGACGCAGAGGGCUGCUCCAGACUGCAGCUGGUGGCCCUGCCUCACCUCCCUCCUGCCCUCUUCAACCUCAGCCAGCUUCAGGUCCUCAAACUGGAGCUCAUCACAGAUGCCAGGUUUACUGCACAGGUGGCCAACAUGACAUCACUCAGGGAGCUCCACCUCUAUCACUGCACAGCAGCGGUGGAUCCCAGCGCACUUGCUGUCCUCCAAGAACGCCUCGAGGCCCUCCACCUCACCUUUACUCAACCAUCAGAGAUCCCCAACUGGGCCCUCUCCCUCCGCAGCCUGCAUGAGCUCCACCUCUCUGGCCGCCUGAGUAAUGACAGUGGGGUGGGUCGCAGCUGGGCACUGGGGAGCCUCCGCCAACUACGUCACCUCCGUGUGCUGGUGAUUCGGGGCAUGUUACAGCGGAUCCCUGGGGAGCUGUGUGAGGUGGCAGGCAGCUUGGUGAGGCUGGAGAUCUUCAACGAGGGCACCAGACUGCUUGUGCUGACAGGCUUGAAGCGGAUGGUGGACCUGACUGAGCUGCUGCUGCAGGACUGUCAGCUAGAGCGUCUGCCCUCUGCCCUGCUGGCUCUCACCAACCUGCGGACACUCGACCUGCAGCAUAAUAACCUGAGAACUCUAGAGGAGCUGCUGAGCCUGGCUCCUCUGCGACGUCUGUCUUGCCUCCGACUUGCCUACAACCGUGUUCUGGCACUGCCGGCCAGUGUUGGUGUGCUGCGAGGCCUGGAGCUCCUGGAUCUAUCCAACAACCAGCUCCAGAGCCUUCCCCCUGCACUCUUCACUCUUCGCCGUCUUCGUAGGCUCCUGCUGGCUGGUAACCUGCUGGAUGUGCUGCCUGUGGAGGUGAAGGCACUACAGUUGCUCACAGAGCUGGACCUCAGUGGGAACAGAGUAGAGAGCCUUCCCCCUCAGCUCUUCAGCAGCUGUUUGGAGCUGCGCAUCCUUAACGUGUCACACAACUCUCUGAGCUCAUUACCCAGGGGCAUUGCAGCUUCGAGUCAGCUGUGCAGGUUGGACCUGCGCAGCAACAGUCUGGAGGAACUACCUGCUGAACUGGGCUGCUGCUCCGGCCUGCAUGGAGGUGGUCUUCAGGUGGAAGACUGGCUGUUUCUUACUUUGCCUCCCCAUGUCAGGGACCUCCUGAGCCGUUCUUGCCCCCCUUCUGGUACAUACUCAGAGAGUCAUUCCCGGCCAGAGUCCGACAGUUUCCCAUACUUCUCUCCCACACAGUGGAGCUUCUCCUCUGCUCUGGAAUCACAGAUAUAAGACUCACUAUCUUACUGCUAACACUGAUAACAUUCUGUUAGUGAAGACCUUUUGUAUACUGAUAUGUAACAGGAUAUGUGUUGGCGUACUUUUGGCAAAAUGCUCAUUAGCUGUUUUUUAAGAAUGUUGUUUUUCCAUUGGUUCUUUUCAUGGUUUAACAGCCAUGACUGUCUCAUUUACAUUUUAGCCCACAGAGUACACAUCCUGCACAUUUUUUAUGCCACUAAUAAUUGAACUAAUGAAGUGCCAAUCAGUGGCUUGCGGGAAGAUUCAUGUAUUAUUCCACUGAAUGUGUCUGAGCGUGCAC